AUUUAAUAUUGUUAGGUACUUUGUACUAUAAUUAGAACUUAAAGUCUUGUUAUGUAAAACAGAGCUUUCUAGUUUCCACAACCAAUAUGGUUUGAACCAAGAAGACAACAGAGCUUUUCCAAUUCUCAGAAUUAUUCUGGCAUUUCCAGGAUUCAUAUAGAUGAAGAAGUUUCUGUUUCAGAUCUGUACAGUAACUCCAAAAGAAAAGAAGGAAAAAAAAAUGAAAAAAAGAAAAGGCUGUUUUCGUGUGGGAGUUUAAUUUUAACAUGAAUAAUGACAAAAUUGCUGCUUUUAGAUAGAGAUUAUUAGUAACGCAUCCGUCCAACUAGCUACCAGAGGCAGCCAAAUUGUCAAAAAGAAAGUAUCUAGUCGCCAGCCAAAAAAACAAAAAGGUUAAACUUGCAUAACCUAGUACCCCAUCGAUUAUCUAUACAAACAUUGUUUUAGGAUUAAGAGUUCACCCUCCCUCCUUGUCUUGGAAAAGAUAUGCUCGUAUUAUCCAUGGAAUUUCUCUCAUCAACCCCUUUUUUCCACGCUGUUUUUUGGACUAUAAUUCUAUCCCUUUUUUUCGCUUUCCAACUCAUAGCAGCGAAAGUGAGGAAAAACAAGAAAAAGUACCCACCUAUUGGCGGUACUGUAUUUCACCAUCUGCUCAACUUCAACAGGUUGCAUCAUUUUAUGACUGAUCUUGCUCGGAAGCACAAGACUUACAGGAUUCUCGGUCCCUUUAGGAAUGAGAUUUACACUUCUGACCCUGCAAAUGUUGAAUAUAUACUCAAAACAAACUUUGACAAUUAUGGCAAGGGUUUAUACAAUUACAACAUUCUGAAGGACCUUCUAGGUGAUGGGAUUUUUACGGUGGACGGUGAUAAGUGGCGCCAACAGAGGAAGGUGUCCAGCUACGAGUUCUCCACCAAAGUGUUGAGAGACUACAGUAGUGUAAUUUUUCAAAAAAAUGCAGUAAAAGUUGCUCAUAUUUUGUCUGAAAUUGCAACAACCAGCAAGAAAAUUGAUAUUCAAGACAUAUUUAUGAAAGCAACCCUUGAUUCAAUAUUCAAAGUUGCAUUUGGAGUUGAAUUAGACAGUAUGUGUGGUUCAAAUGAAGAAGGCAAAAAUUUUAGGAAUGCCUUUGACAAUGCAAGCGCAAUGACAGUCAGGCGCUAUGUUGAUGUCUUGUGGAAAAUUAAGAAGUUUCUAAAUAUUGGAUCAGAAGCUGCCAUGAAGCAGAACACCAAGAUCGUGAACCAUUUUGUCUACAAGCUAAUCAGCAACAAAAUCAAUCAAAUGCGGAGCUCAAAUGAUGAUUCUUCUACGAAGAGAGAAGAUAUUUUAUCAAGGUUUCUGCAAGUAGCUGAGACUGAUCCAAUAUAUUUACGCGAUAUAAGUCUCAGCUUCAUCAUAGCUGGCAAAGACACAACAGCUGGCACACUUUCCUGGUUCAUUUAUGUGCUCUGCAAACAUCCGGAUAUUCAAGAGAAGGUUGCACAAGAAGUGAGGGAAGUGACUAGCACAAAAAGGGUCAUCAACGUGGAUGAUUUUGCAGCCAGUGUGACUGAAGAAGCUUUGGAAAACAUGCAGUAUCUUCAUGCUACAAUCACAGAAACUCUUAGGCUCUACCCUGCAGUUCCAGUGGAUGCAAAGGUUUGCUUCUCUGAUGAUACUUUGCCUGAUGGAUUCCAUGUUAGGAAAGGAGAUCUGGUGGCAUAUCAACCUUAUGCAAUGGGCAGGAUGAAAUUCUUAUGGGGUGACGAUGCAGAAGAAUUCAGACCAGAGAGAUUUCUGAAUGAAAAUGGUGUUUUCCAGCCAGAGAGCCCUUUUAAGUUCACAGCAUUUCAGGCAGGGCCACGCAUUUGUCUUGGAAAGGAGUUUGCUUAUAGGCAAAUGAAGAUCUUCGCAGCCAUUUUGCUAGGCUGUUUUACAUUCAAAAUGAGCGACGAGACGAAAAACGUCACUUAUAGGACAAUGCUCAAUCUUCACAUUGACCAAGGUCUCGAAGUUUGUAUCUCGCACAGAAAUUAAAAUUAGCAUGGAAGUAGAACUUGAGCCUCCUAGAUUGGCUUCCUUUUACAUGUAAAAUAAUCCAAUAUUUAAAGACUCGUGUCUUCAAAAGAAAUAAUAUAAUGAAACGUUUUAGACAAA